AUGGCCAUGAUGAUAAUGCAUUUGUCAUUUGUUAACGGAUGCCAAGAGAAUGAAAGAAGUUAUCUUCUGGACUUUAGGGGUGGGCUCAAUGAUUUCUCUGGCAGAUUAAGCUCAUGGCAGCAAUUCAACUGUUGCCAAUGGGAGGGUGUCAUGUGUGACUAUCAUUCCGGGCAUGUUGUUUCCCUCAACCUUAAACACCGUCGUCAUGAUGGAGGGCAAUCUCUGAGUGGGGAAAUUCAUCCGGCGCUUUUCAACCUGCAGCAUCUGCAAUAUUUGGAUUUGAGCUGGAAUGACUUCAAUCGUACUGCCAUACCUCUCCAGUUGGCAAAACUCCAAAGCCUUACUUUCCUUAGCUUGGCACAUGGUGGAUUUGGAGGUCAGGUCCCUCUGGAGUUGACUAAUAUUACAACUUUGCAGCACCUGGAUUUGAGCAUGAAUCACUUCAAUCCUACUCUCAUACCUCCUCAGUUGGAGAAACUCCAGAGGCUUACUUUUCUUAACUUGGCAGAUGCUGCAUUUGUAGGUGAGAUUCCUCUGGAAUUGGGUAACAUUACAACCUUACGCUACCUGGAUCUUUCAGGACCUUUUUGGGUUCCUCCACCACGUGGCUGGGUACUCUUAGCAGGUGAACUGGAGAGUAGGAGGUUUGCAGGAUGGAUAAGAAAUCUGAGAAGCUUGGAAUACCUGGAUAUGUCUUUUGUGAAUCUGUUCAUGGCAAAUGAUGACUGGAGUAACGCCCUCAACAGCCUCUCCAAUCUUAGGGAGAUUCACCUCGCUCAAUGUGGAAUUUCAGGUACAAUACCUUCUCUCCUAAACCUCACUCACUUAUCCCAUCUCCAUCUUUCAAGGAAUCCAUUUAGUUCCCCAUUGCCAGCUUGGUUUCAGAAUGUCUCGUCCUUGGUGUCCCUUCAUCUCUCUUUAUGUGGUCUCAACAGUUCCAUCCCUUCAGAUUUUUUGCACCGUUCAAGCCUGAAACAUCUUUACUUGUCUGGUAACGCCUAUCUGGGAGGGGUAAUUCCUCACUCCAUUGCAAACUUUUCAAUGCUUGAGACGUUGGACCUCUCAUACAAUAAUUUCACAGGGGAUUUACCACCGUUUGGAUCAUUCAUUGGUAGGCUUUCUUCCCUCACACAUCUGGACCUCAGUAACAACCAAUUGUCUGGAAGAAUUCCUCGUACCAUUUCAAAGCUUUCUUCCCUCGGACAUCUCGACCUCAGUAACAACCGGUUGUCUGGAACAAUUCCAGAUACCAUUUCAAAGUUUGUCAGAUUACAAAAGUUGUUACUCAGCUCAAAUAAUUUAACUGGCAGCAUUUCUCCUUCCGCAUUGGAAACAGCUCAUCUCAAGGAAGUGGACUUUUCUGAAAAUCAGCUAACACUUAAUAUAUCUUCAAGCUGGCUUCCGCAAUUGGCCCAACUGGAGUACCUGGGGUUAAGGUCUUGUAAUCUCCAAGGGGAGAUUCCUCCUUUUUUGUCUACUCAAUUCUCAUUAGAAGAUUUGGAUCUGUCUGAAAACAACAUUGUGGGAAAUAUUCCUACCUGGUUGUGGGAGCUUCCCAGUCUUACUAGGCUCAAUCUUUCACAUAACCGAAUGGAAGGUUCUCUUCCGUAUUUUAUUUCCAUGUCUAUAGUAGUUGUAGAUUUGCAUAAUAAUAGCUUACAUGGAUCUAUUCCAGAUUAUAGUGGGUGGUAUCUAGACAUGUCAGAGAACAGGUUCAAUGGCUCUAUUCCACUGUCUAUAUGCUCUGCUGAUGAUGGAUUGGUAUUUUUGGACUUGUCAAAGAAUGGCCUAAGUGAUGUUAUUCCUAUAAAUCUGGUGAGAUGUUUUCAACUAACAAUAUUGAAUUUGGCUCAAAAUUAUUUUGAAGGUGAGAUACCAGAAGAUCUAGGAAAUCUGACUCUACUUGAGACACUAAAUCUCAGUGGAAACAAAUUGCAAGGUGUUAUCCCGCCUUCCAUUGCAAACUGUACAAAACUUCGAGUAUUUGACAUGGGCAAGAACAAAAUUCAGGGGAGCAUCCCAGUUUGGAUUGGAGAACUAGCAGAGUUACGAAUUCUUAGCUUGUCCUUUAAUAAGUUGCAAGGGAAUUUUCCGCCGGAGUUGCUUAGGCUCAGGAAUCUUCAAAUUCUAGAUUUAACUCAUAAUAAUUUAUCAGGAUUCAUUCCUGAGAGUUUGGGGAAGUUGAAUGCUAUGGCAAAUCAGACACAAAGUGGCGAAAUAGAGAUGAGCUUGAGUGAGUUGAACUAUGGAUUUCUUUCUGGUCCCAUGUUCCAAAUAGUGUUUGUGAAUCAAUUAACACUUUGGAUUAAAGGACGAGCAACUCCAUACCCUAAGAUUAUCAAUGCCUUCAAAUUCAUGGAUCUUUCCUACAACAAACUGUCAGGCAAUAUUCCUAACGAAAUGGGAGACCUGAAGGGUUUAAUUGCUCUCAACAUAUCAAACAACAAUAUGGGAGGUAAUAUUCCUGAGUCCUUGGGGGGCAUGGCUCACCUGGAGUGUCUGGAUCUGUCAGGAAACAUUCUGAGGGGCAACAUUCCAGCAGAUCUUGUGAAUCUCACAUUCCUUUCUGUUUUAAAUCUUUCAUACAACAAUCUUUCUGGGUUAAUACCACAGGGGAAGCAGUUUGCGACCUUUGAGGCUUCUUCUUAUCUGGAGAACCCCAAUCUUUACGGACCUCCCUUGAAAAAUGGAAUACUGAGGUCUGGUUCUGGUGAAAGAGGGGGGCAAGCACAAUGGAAUAGCACAGGAGUUACAGACAGAGAUCCAAAUACAGAUGAAAUGGAUCGAUGGUGGGCAGUGUCUGUGGGGUUAUGUUUUGGGGUUGGAUUUGCCAGCGUGAUUGCAGUGUUGUGCUUUCAUUUAAAAUGGAGAUACAAAUGUUUUGCUUUGCAGGAUGGUUUUAUUCAAUAUCUUUUUUAA